AUGAAGUCGUCUCUUGUCAUCUGUGUCCUCACUGCUCUCCUGGGAAUCGGGUCCUGUCUGGAGUGUGAGGUUUGUGAAGGACCAGGAACCAGCUGCUCGGGCACAGUACAGACCUGCGCCGCUGGGUAUGACUUUUGUGGCAUCAUUAUGACAGAAACCACAAUUGCGGGAAUGACGCAACAGGUCAUUGCCAAGAGCUGUAUGACAUCAGGAAGUUGUAAAGUUGGACCCCUCACUAUGAAUUUUGGGAAUGGAGUGACAAUGAAGCAGGGCAUCGCCUGCUGUGUGGGAGACGCCUGCAGAACCACCACCGUUACAGUGCCCCCGGCCGACACCAAACCCAACGGCCGGCACUGCCCAGCCUGCGUCGCUUUGCUCUCUGCUCAAUGCAAUGAAGAGACCAUACAGUGCACUGGAGCGGAGACCCGCUGCGUCGAGUUUGCUGCGACUGUAACAACGGAGUUUAAUCUAUGGAAUAGCCACAUCGAUGACCAUGAAGGGCUGCGCUACUGA